AUGACUGAACAGGCGGCUGCAGCUCAGGGCGAGGGCCCGGCACCAGGAGAAGGCACCACUGCGGGCCCAGAGCGCCAGCCGCAGGAGCUGUGUUCCGUCUGCUCCGAAGUGGUCUCGAAGUACCGGUGCCCGCGGUGCAGCGUGCGGACGUGCAGCCUGGCCUGCGUCAAGCGGCACAAGGAGGAGACCGGGUGCACCGGCAAGCGCGACCGCACCGCGUUCGUCAAGGUCUCAGACUUCACCGACAACCACCUCCUGUCCGACCUGCGGUUUAUCGAAGAAGGACAGAUCGAAGUCGACAACGCCAAGCGCCGGAAAGCGGCGCCGACGCCGACCAACCUCCCGCACCACCUCGCGACGCUCAAGCACCAGGCGCGUCUGCGCGGCACGGAGCUCCUGUUCCAGCAGCCGGGGAUGCUCAAACGGAAGCGCAACUCCACCAAUUACAACGGGAAGAAGAGGGCGAUUUUCUGGCGCGUGGAGCUGGACUUCUUGUCCGCGGAUCACACCGCGACGACGUCGCGCGCGCCGGAAACCACCACGCUCGCGGACGUCGCUGCGCGGCACCUUCAGCCCGCCCCAGGGAAGAGCGCGGAACGUCACAGCCUCCGGUGGUACGCCGAGGCAGGUGCGCAGUCUCUCGCAUUCGUGAUGAAGCUCCCGCGCCGCCCCGCCAACGAUCCGGCGUGGUGGCGCCUCCCGCCGAACGUGCCCCUCGCGGAAGCUCUGCGCGGAGCAUGCGUCAUCGAGUACCCCGAGAUCGCUGUCUUGCUCCCGGGCGAGGCGGAGACCGGCGUGGUUGGCGCAGGCAGCCGCGAGGGGCAGCAGCUGCGCAUUCUCGACAAGCCGCGCUGGGGGCCGCAUGGCAUCGUUCCCGCGCCACCACCGCCGCGCCCGCCCGGCGCGCCGCCGCCAGAAACGGACGAGGGAGGUGCUGCGGUGCAAAGCGCACAGGGAGGCAGCGGCGGGGCGGCGACGGAGCCCGACAGGGUGCAAGGCGAGGCACCGGGACACGCGAGCUGA